AUGGAUGCGGCUGGCAUGCAAACCUGUGUGGCCUUCUUCAUUCUGUCUGCUCUGGUUGAUGCAGUGGACCUGCUGGCUUGUGAAGACUGUAGCAUGCCAGGAAACAGCUGUGAUGGAAUGAUGAAGCCUUGCUUCCUAGGGGAAGACACGUGCGGAACCAUCCUCGGGGAAACCAAUCUUGGCGUGGAGGGAUCUUCAGGCACCUUGAAGACCUGCACGGAAUAUAAGGCCUGCAGAGCCGGCGUCAUGACUAUGACCUUCAGCCCUCCGAUAACGCUGAGGAGGGGGGCUUUGUGCCUCCAAGAAGAGAGCCCCAGAAAUGAAUCCCUUAUAUUGCCACCCAAAAAUACGACACAAAAUGGGUUCAGCUGCCCAGUUUGUUACAGACAAGGUUCUGAGUCAUGCACCACUGAAGGGACCCAGGGCUGCACUGGAUCUGAGAAUCACUGUGUCUACGUGACAGGCAUGCUGGAUUCCUUGGAAGACAUCACUGCCGCCACCACCACAUUUGCCGCCAAGGGCUGUGCGACCAAAAGUGUCUGUGAGCCUAGGCGGGGAGUGUCUGUUUAUUCCGGCGUUUUCUCCUACACCAUAGCUAAGAUCAAGGAGUGCCGCCAAGCCCCCCUCACAAAGAAUUCGGCCAAUGUUCACCACAUCUCUUGGACGAAACCCAUUUCUCUGUUCCUCCUCGCCAUUUCUAUUGCCUCCGCCUCCUGCUUCCUUUCCCACACCUGCCUCCUGUAG